AAAGAGGGAGAAGAAGAAGAAGAAGAAGAAGUGAAACCAUAACCGGUGUGACGGGGGCGUGUUGUGAUAACAAUCCUCUUUUUUCCAAGUCUCCGUGUCGAAUACCUCGAAACUGAUUUGUUCAAUAAGUAUUUGGAUUUGAUACAGUUGUUCGAUCGGUUUAACAGAUGUCUUAGCGUAAUGCUAGUAGCACUGUUUGUGUUUUUAGCUUAGCCGAAUGACGCUAGAUAGCUAGCUAGCAAGCAGAGGAUAGCACGGAGAUAACUCCGUGACAUUUUUUACGUUUCUUUAAACUUCCCAAAAAGCUUUAAAUGCUUUUACAAAAUAUAAUAGCACUAUUAGCCAAGGGCUGCAAUUAACAAUGUCGCUAACAGAGAAAGUCUCUACGGACGAGUUGCCCUGAGAACUGAUCCUGUCUGUCAGUUGAGUUGCUAGCCAAAAUGUCCUGCAAGUCAACUAAAGUGGCCCCCAGUGUUGAUUUCGACCACAGCUGUUCGGAUAGCGUGGAAUAUCUGACGCUUAACUUUGGCCCAUUUGAGACAGUACACCGCUGGAGAAGACUCCCUCCAUGUGAUGAGUUUGUUGGUGCAAGGCGCAGCAAACACACCGUUGUGGCGUACCGGGAUGCCAUAUAUGUGUUUGGAGGAGACAAUGGGAAAAACAUGCUGAAUGACUUACUUCGCUUUGAUGUCAAGGACUGCUCUUGGUGUCGAGCUUUCACCACUGGAACUCCACCAGCUCCAAGAUAUCACCACUCAGCAGUGGUCUAUGGCAGCAGCAUGUUUGUCUUUGGGGGCUACACAGGAGAUAUUUAUUCAAAUUCAAACUUGAAAAACAAAAACGACCUUUUUGAGUACAAGUUUGCCACGGGUCAGUGGACAGAGUGGAAAGUGGAGGGAAGCUUGCCAGUGGCCAGAUCUGCACAUGGUGCAACAGUUUACAGCGACAAGCUGUGGAUUUUUGCUGGCUACGAUGGGAACGCCAGGCUCAAUGACAUGUGGACAAUCAGUCUGCAGGAUCGAGAACACGCAUGCUGGGAAGAGAUCGACCAGAGUGGGGAGAUUCCCCCCUCUUGCUGUAACUUCCCUGUCGCUGUAUGCCGGGAUAAGAUGUUUGUGUUCUCCGGUCAGAGUGGGGCCAAAAUCACUAAUAAUCUGUUUCAGUUUGAGUUCAAAGGUCACAUGUGGACACGCAUCCCAACGGAACAUUUACUGCGGGGCUCUCCUCCUCCUCCUCAGAGACGCUACGGACACACUAUGGUUGCCUUUGAUCGGCACCUCUAUGUAUUUGGAGGUGCUGCUGACAACACUCUCCCCAACGAGCUCCACUGUUAUGAUGUGGACUCUCAGACCUGGGAGGUGAUUCAGCCCAGUCAAGACAGUGAGAUGCCAAGUGGGAGACUUUUCCAUGCUGCUGCUGUGAUCCAAGAUGCCAUGUACAUUUUCGGAGGGACUGUGGACAACAAUGUACGUAGUGGGGAGAUGUACAGAUUCCAGUUCUCAAGCUACCCAAAGUGUACCCUUCAUGAGGAUUAUGGCAAACUGUGGGAGAACCGUCAGUUCUGUGAUGUGGAGUUUAUUCUGGGCGAGAGAGAGGAGAGAGUCUUGGGGCACAUAGCCAUAGUGACUGCAAGAUGUCAGUGGCUGAGGAAGAAAAUCCUGCAAGCCCGAGACAGGCAGCGACAGCAGAGGACCAAACGGGAAAGCAGUGAUGAAAGUGAUGAGGGAGCAGCGGGAGGCCCACGAGAUGUCCCAGUAGGCAAUAGGCCAUCAGGCACACAGCCCCUGCUGGAGGUAACCAUCAGGGAAGCAGAAGCCCAGCCUUUUGAAGUCCUAAUGCAGUUUCUCUACACUGACAAGAUUCUGUACCCCCGCAGAGGUCAUGUCCAGGACGUUCUUCUGAUAAUGGACGUGUACAAACUCGCUCUGAGUUUUAAGCUUUCACGGCUGGAGCAGCUUUGUGUGCAGUACAUCGAGGCAUCUGUGGAUCUGCAGAAUGUUCUCAGUGUUUGUGAGAACGCCAACAAGCUGCAACUGGACCAGCUCAAGGAGCACUGCCUCAACUUUGUGGUGAAGGAGUCCCACUUUAAUCAGGUGAUUAUGACCAAAGAGUUUGAGCAUCUUUCCACCCCACUGAUAGUGGAGAUAGUGCGGCGGAAACAGCAGGCUCCCCCAAGAGUAUAUUCAGACCAACCUGUGGACAUCGGGACCUCCCUGGUCCAGGACAUGAAAGCUUACCUGGAGGGAGGAGGUCUGGAGUUCUGUGACAUUAUUCUGCUGUUAGACGGUCAUCCUCGACCGGCACACAAAGCCAUACUUGCAGCUAGAUCCAGUUACUUUGAGGCGAUGUUCCGCUCCUUCAUGCCAGAAGACGGUCAGGUGAAUAUAUCCAUUGGUGAAAUGGUCCCAAGCAAGCAGGCGUUUGAGUCCAUGCUGCGCUACAUCUACUACGGGGACGUCAACAUGCCUCCAGAAGAUUCUCUCUAUUUGUUUGCUGCUCCCUAUUACUACGGCUUUUCCAAUAAUAGGCUCCAGGCUUACUGUAAGCAGAAUCUGGAGAUGAAUGUGACUGUGGAAAACGUCCUGCAGAUCCUGGAGGCAGCAGACAAGACGCAGGCUCUGGACAUGAAGAGGCACUGCCUCCACAUUAUUGUCCACCAGUUCAUCAAGGUAUCCAAGCUCCCCAACCUGCGGUCUCUCAGCCAGCUGCUGUUGUUGGACAUCAUUGAGUCUCUAGCCACGCACAUAUCAGACAAACAGUGUGCUGAAAUGUGCUCUGAUAUUUAGGAUUGGGAUAGGACUCGGAAAGGAGCUCUUUACUUCUAAGAAGCCAUAAAUCUCCUACUUAUCUAUUUCUUUUCAUUCCUGCUGCACCAGAAUUCAUUUGAAAUUUAUUUAUGUUUUUUUUCCCCUGCAUUUCUCAGACUUGUAUACAAUGAAUACCUUUUAUCCUGCUGUGUGUUUGAGGCAGCAGUAAAAUCAACAAAGAAACAAGAAUGUGGCUUAGAAAUGUUAAUUACUAUAAAAAAAAAAAACAUUUUACAUACUUUGUCAUUUAUCUUGUAUACACAAACAUUUUGCAAGCUUGUCCUCUGCUCAGUAUUUAUGUAGUGUUUUUAAACCCAUAUGCAUUUUACUUUUCAUGCUUGUGACAGUAUGUUUAAAAGAUGUUUCAGGGCUCAUAGUUUAUCCAAAUACAGCUUGGAUGCCAUCAAUUGGAUCAUCUUUGUUCUUCAGUUUGUAUUAUUCUCAACUGUGAUAAAAGUCUGUAAUCUGUGACGUAAGGAAUUAAUUUCAUUAUACAGAAACGAUAAGAAUGUGUACAAUUUGUUUCAUUAUGUCUUUGUGUAAUGAUAAUGUUACCAAUACUAACCAGAAACUCUUUUAUUCAUCUGACCCUGAACCAUGUAAUGGUGACCUUUAUGUUAGUGUUACAAAACAUAUAUCCACAGGGGAUUCAUGUAUUUAAAGCCUUAAUAAACUACAUAUAAAUCA